AUGAUCUUACUAAAAAUCCUAUUCUUGUCGCUCUUGGUGCCUGAUGUGCUGGCAAAAUGCACUAUAUGCUCUGUUUUCGCUGACUAUUAUGAGGACAUUGAAGCACAGGAAAGGUCGAAUCCCAAAGAUUCCAGCGAGUCUCUAAAAGCUCGUGUGCGGUCCUACGAUGCUACAGAAGCAGCACUGCUCGGAUCUUUAGGACGCUUCACUGACCUGGUAUGUGUUACGCCUGUAGCUGUAAAUGAAAUGUAG